UUUCUUAUCAAUAAUAUGUUAUAUGGAUAUAUAGCCAAUUCAUCGCCUCUCCUCACACACCAACACAGCAAUCAUUUCCCCUUCCUUCCAUGGCCGCUCCCUUCCUCCUACUCUUCUUCUUCUUCUUCUUCCUCCUCAUUUCAUCCCCCGCUUUGACUUCCCCAUCCCCAAACCCAUUCACCGAAAAAGCAGCCUUAAUCCGUUAUUGGAACCGCAAAAUCCCCAACAAUCUUCCUCACCCUUCGUUCCUACUCUCCAAACUCACCCCUCUUUCAGCCUCCGAUGCCACCACAUUCUUCAACCUCGCCGCCUCCGAUCCUUCACUUAUUUCCUCCCAUCUCACCUCCUUCUGCUCCGCCGCAGGUCUACUCUGCCCCACAGACCUCACCCCUUCCCUCUCCUCCCACCCCCGCGACUCCAGCUUCGGCAUCUACCAGAACAGCAACUUCACCAACUACGGUACUGGCUCCUCUGACGGCCUCUCCUCCUUUAAAAACUACUCUGAUAACCUCAACGCACCCCUCGACACCUUUCGCCGCUACGGUCGUGACUCCGCCGGCCACGAUGACAAGUUCUCCUUCUAUGCUCCCAAUGGCAAUGUCGUCACCACAAAUUUCACCUCUUAUGGCACAAACACAGCCUUCGGAACCGACGAUUUCACCGCCUACGAUGAAUCCUCCAAUGUACCCGACCUUAAAUUUACUAAUUACGCCACAGAUAGCGCCGGCCGCGAAGGACUUUUUUCACAGUAUUCCGUUACUACAAACGCCGGCAACCAGUCGUUCAAUAGCUACGGGAAGAACGGCAAUGGCGGAACAUCUGAUUUCAGUUCCUAUGCGAAUAACAGCAAUGUGAUCGGAAGCACGUUUACACAUUACGGCGAGGAAGGGAAUGCGGUAAACGAUACCUUUAGUUCGUAUGCAGAGAGCGGGAAUGUGCCGCAGAACAAUUUCCAGUCGUACGGCGAGGAAGGGAAUGGAGGAAACAAUAGCUUCAGUUCGUAUGGAGAGAACGGUAAUUUGCCGGAGAACAAUUUCCGGUCGUACGGCGAUGGAACCAACGUCGGAUUCGAUAAAUUCAACAGCUAUCGUGAUCAAUCAAACGUUGGAGACAAUUUCUGCUCAUAUGAAAAGGGUGGCAACGAAGGAACCGCCGAUUUCACAAAUUACGGAAACUCUACUAAUCCCAGCAGCGAUAACUUCAAGGGCUAUGGUGAGGGUUCCUUCAAUGACCUAAUCACAUUCAAGGAAUACUUCUUCGCCGAGAACACCAGCUUCAAAUCCUAUGCCAAA